UUUUGUUAACAGACAGAUUGUUUUAGAAAAUCGUAUGUGGAGAUUUUUUGAAUAUUUUAAGAAAGAAAGCAUUUUUCUUUCUAAAAUAUUCAGAAUCUAGAAUAGGAUCUCAAGUAUCUGUGGUCAAAAUUUCGACUAGAUCGAACCAUAUUUUCGUAGGGUAAUAACGUGAUCGGAUGAAAAUCGAGAUCUCGAGAAAAUGCAUACGAGAUCCUACCACACACUCAGAAGUAAAAAUUCGCCGAUUUCCUUUUCCGAUUGUCUAUCUCUGGUAAAGAUUCUAGUCCGAUUGAACAUUGUUUUUCACAUUUCAAAAAGGUGAAAGAAAGGGAAUACUCCAUUGGAACUUAAACAAUAAUUCGCAGAUAUUUUGUUAAAACAUCUUUGCACAGAUUAUAAAAAUUGCGUAGAGAAUCUGUAAUCUGAUUGAGAACACUUGACAUACAACCGCUCGCUUCAUUGUGUUAUAUUCGUCAAAAGUAUUAAGAUAAAUAUAGUAAGAGGAUAAAUUUUGUUUUUAUUUUUUUAGUAUAAAUAGAGUUUACAAUCGUUUAAAUGUCAAUUUCAUUUUUUGAUCAAUUUAACAGUGUUUUUAUUUUCUAGACAUUUAUUUAUGAAAAAAUGUACUGAAUUAAUUGAUGAAAGAUACUUAACAAAGCAAAAGAUUGACGAUCAAGUUAAAUUAUCCAGAAAAGAACUACGUCGUAAAUUGUUAGACGUGAGAUUAGCAUCAAAUGUGAGUUUGAAUGUUGAUACGAAUCCUCGUCUAUUAUCAAUUCGUGCUACCGCUACUCAGUUAGAAGAACAGGAAAAACAACAACAAACUCGUCCUUCACAAGUUAUUACAUCUCAAUCUCGUCUGUCGAUAUCAUCGUCCGAUCUAAAAAUUCGAUGUCGUUCUGCUUUAACUGGUCCUACUACUUCAUCUUCAUUAUCAUUUUAUAUUAACAGUCGAACAAAUUUUGAAUUAGACAAUACUCGACGACAAACAAAGUUGAGACGUCGACUAAGUGAUCCAAUCACAGAAGAAGAACGAGAUAUUGUUCGUUAUUAUUCAAGUCGAGCCUAUAUCCAAAAUGAAAAAUCUAAAUAUAAUUUUGAAGAUGAACAACAAUUAAUUCGAAAUACAAAUUUAAGUGAAUUACGAGAAAGUUUUGAUCGAUCACAUGCCAUUACGCCGUUGGAUUAUAAUGACGAUGAUGAUGAUGAUGAUGAUGAUGAUGAUGAUGACGAUGGUAAUAAAAAUAAUAAAUUAGAAAAUAAACAUCAAUUAUUAAAACCAUUAAAUGAUAUGGAUAGAUUUAUGAGUGCAUAUAAAACUAGUCGUUUUUCAAAAAAAUCUUAG